AUGGCCUCAACACAGAACCAAGGUAUCCAGACCCUUCUUGAUGCGGAGAAAGACGCGCAGAAAGUCGUGGAUGAGGCUCGCCGAUACCGUGUCCAGAAAUUAAAGGAUGCACGUUCUGAGGCAGAGAAAGAAAUUGAAGAAUACAAGGCUUUGAAAGAGAAGGAAUUCAAGGCAUUCGAGCAAUCCCGAGCCGGUACGACCCAAACGUCCCAGUCGGCCAUCGACAAGGAGACAGAAGUCAAGCUUACUGAGAUUAUGCAGUCUUAUGAGGCUCACGAGGCUGAGGUGGUGAAGAAACUCAUUGAUCGAGUGACGCUGGUCAAGCCUGAACUCCAUCGGAACCUCAAGAAGAUUGAGAGCCCCUGA